GUAUUGGUCAUCCGAGUUGGUCUGAGGUUGGGCGUGCUAGUCAACGGGUGGGAAUACAAUGGUGUCCGCAAAUAACACAUCCACAAGCGCUCGACCAUCUGCCCCCGGGGAGGGACGACCUGUACAACAACCUACUCCUCCGUAUAUGCACGCAAAGGGAGCACAAUGGUUUUUUGACUUCGUUAUUCAGGGGGACCUUUUUGGGCCAGCUGUUUUCAUGCGACCCACUUGCGUUACAAACGCUAGGGUAGCGGUCAACGUUGUUCCUCUCGGUACCGUCGUCUCGUGCGCGAAGACUCCGAGAGGUUUGCUCAAGCUGAACACUAACGGCUUGUACAAAGAGUGCAGACUGCCUAUCAGAGGUGUUAAAGGUGUGCUGGUGACCACCAAGAGUUUUGCGGGGUACGACUCGAACAUGCCGUUGUGCUCUCACUUCAAAGGCCUUUACGAUGGCAGCAGCAAGCGUCUUCCAUCGCCAGAGCAAUAUCUCGAUCUCGCGCUGAUGGUUCCCAGAGAACGUCUGGUUCUUCCACCAGAGCAUGUUUUCCGGCUUUUGCCACCCCGUGACGGGUCGUUCGGCUUGGCUCAAGAAACUCCAGGUACGGCAGUGGGGCGCGGCAGUCCGAUUCAAGACAUUGGGGGUCGGGUCAAGGGACGCAGCGUUCAUACGCAGGUCGGCCUGGAUGCUCCUAGGAACACGUCGGACUUGCAUUCUCUGGGUACAGGGACUCAACGGAUGGGCGCUGUCCGCGAAAGCUCUGGCGGGGAGCAGACUCCUUCAGAGAAGAAGAGCGAGCGACACAGGAUGGUGCGAGAGGAGGUGGCGGAAGGAACCCUCCGCAUGAAGAGGAUGAGAGAAAAACCAGAGGCGGUGAUGGGCGGGGAUGGAGGUGGCGACGCAGAACGUGCCUCAGGAAAGAGGCCAACGAAGGAAGAGGGUGGGACGGCAAGUAAGAAAGCGAGGAGGCCCGACGGUUUGACCAUCCGCGAAGGACAAGCCGCGGGCGGAGGAGAUUCGGCUUGUCUAGGCGCUGCGGCCGCGAGAGAACCUUCGGGGAAAUCGAAACGGAAAGUGGCAGUUGAAGAAGGCGAUGGCGAGAAGAAAACUCGAAGGCGGAAGACUGCUGAGGCGGCGAGCGGUGGCGAAGGGCCUAUCGGUAAGGAGUACGACGAAGCGGCAGCGUUCUGGCUCAAAUACGAGUGGAACGAUGUCGGUGAAAUUGUGGAGAAGGAGACCCCGACCGCCCAACUUUCACAUAUUUUAGCUCGCCCCUGUCGCGAUCACGAGGAAUUUCCAUCUCCGGAUGAUAGUAGCGGAUUCGAAGAGCAGGAGUGCGAAGAAAAGAUGCCUAGUGAAAGUCUGUGGGGAAUCAGUCACUUUCAAGCCUACCUGUAUGGGCGGAAGUUCAUGCUGGUGACCGUUCAUGAGCCAUUAUUAGUCUUGAAGAAAUUUAAGGAUUACUCGGGCAUGAUCGGGGGAUGGGCAACGGUGCUGCAAAGCAUGGACUUUGACAUUCGUCAUUGGAAGCACGAGAGGCACGGGAAUGCUGGCGGGUUGAUACGAUUGCACCGACUCGAGAAGGUCCCCAAGAGCGAGGAGGUGAUUCCGUGGAACGAGCCGAAGGAUGAGAACGGACCACGUGACGAGGGCCCGGCUCCGCACGUCCUUACACGGACAUUGGCACCGUAUUUUCAGUGGACUGAGUGCUUGGAGGAACCGGGGAGUGAAAGCCCCCUGCCAUCGCGGCAGGAGUACUUGAAGCCAUACGGAAUCAUCGAUCUUGCCUUCUAUCCGAAGCAAGAUACGUAUGAGGAGGCAGUUGAAGGAGAAGGAGAAGAAGAAGCUACCGAAGAAGAGGGCGACGCCGAAGAAGAAAUGUCGGAAGAAGGAAGUUAUAGACCAUUGCGGCGCCUCUUUGUUCUGGACAGAUCUGCGGGAACGCUGGUAAGAGCUGAUGAAGCCAACUUACUCGAGAAUUUCGAUCUGAAGGCGAUCACGAUCUGCGAAGAUGGCACCAAGCAUGGUGACUACCAUCUCCGAUUAGAAAGUUUAGUUUGUUUUCUGUUAGAAAACGCCUUCUAUAAGUUUCAGUCGAGGACGCUAGGAGUAUCCUUCUGCAUCGUGGAUCUAGAGGCGCCCACAUCGGCAGCCCCGCCAUCUCUUCCGUUCGUAUCACCGUUCGAAGGCAAAUGGGGACUCGAACCGGGACUCUUGAUCAACAACUCGGUACGGGUCGUUGCUUCACAUCCAUCCCGGACACAGGAUUGUAAGUCUGUGAUCGCGAACCUGGUGGUUUCGCCUCAGAAAGGGCUGUACUAUGUCCUCGGGCAGACCUGCUCAAACGGCAGCUCAAACAGCAGCGUUACGUCGAUCAGAAAAGCAAACUUAUCGAGUGCAACACAGGGAUUGGACUCGGCGGAUGACGAAUCAACAUUAUUAACCUACUUGUGGUCUUACGAAGAGCGGAACGGGUCGAGAAUUGCAGAACGGCCGAAUUCGACGGCUUCCGUGAUGGGGAUGGCCCUUUCGAAAGAUGGCACCCAUCUCAUCUUGAGCGUAGCCUACCCUUCCUCCUACGUUUCCGAUUCUGACAAUGUUGGCUUUCACGAUGGCAGCAUCACGUCCUUAUCUGUUUCUGACUCCUCCCGUUGUUCUUCCUCCUCGUUUUCCUUCGAGUAUAUUAACAAAAUCGGUUUGGACCCUUCCGGAGAGCGUCUGGUUUAUGAUAGGGGCGGUUACCCUGGACUCGAAUAUGUUCGGGUCGAUAGCUCGGGACUUCCGUCGGAUGUAGAAUUAGACAGCGAUUCGGAAUCCCCGGAUAGAUUCAUAGACGGAAGUUACGUUGGUGAGGCCAUAUUCCAAUCUCAAAGCUUUGUGAACAAUUGCCUUUACUUUUCGCAGACAGAUGGGAGCCAGCUGUUCGGGUUUCGCCCGUUCGUCGAGGGGACCAGGCCCACAGCGCUAAUGGACUUUUCCCCACUCACAACGCAACGUAGGGAUGACGUUGUGGUCACUCGAGACGGGUGUCAUCUCUUUUAUACUGCAGGGACUACUCUUUAUAGUGAAGACGUCCGCACACAAUGCGAACAGCUAGUAGGAAGUUUUUUUAGCGAGAUGGAUUACCCAUGGGGUAAACUUACGGGACUGGCAUUGAUGCAGAUUGAAGUGGGGGAGGACACAUACUUAAACUUGGGCUCUGACGACGGGAUGCUUUCUGAAGUGCAGUUGAACAGGUCUGGCAGAGACUGUGUAUUAGAAGAGGAACCAAGCAUUCCCGCCGCAGCUGAAGGUGCCGUAGAAUCAAAACCAAGCAAUCUCCCUGCAUCUGGACCUGUCAUCACUGUUUUGGUAACAGCUGUGGUGGCCGGCACAGUGGUCGCCAUCGUAAUCCUUGCCAGCUUGAUUUGCCUACGGCGGAGAGCGCGCCGCCGACCAGCUGGUCCGGCACGUCCUCUGGAAGUUGGUGAGCAAGCGAGGUCAUCUUCACCGGAAGAUGAAGUGUUGGACGCCUGGGGAAUUAAGCCGUCGCGGGUCAAGCAGUUCGCUUUCAGAGUCCUGUCGGAAUGUACGGACAAAUUCAGCGAGGGUCGAAGAAUUGGGGAGAAGGGAGCGUUUGGGAAGGUUUACAGGGGCUCGCUCGACGGCAAGGAGGUCGCGGUAAGGGUGAUGGCGGGCGAGCUAACGGACACCAAACGGAGCCAGUUUGUGGCCGAGGUGAACACCCUCAGCGGCCUCAAUCAUGCUAACCUCGUACGACUAGUCGGGUACUACCUCGCGGGCGAUCACUGCAUCUUGGUGUACCCGUUCUUCAGAGGAGGCAGCCUGCACGGGCGGUUGUUCCCCAAGGCCAUCACUGGGAAGGAUGCAAAAGCGCCGGAGACAAACAAAAUUGUCGAGGAUCCAUCCCCUCCGCUGACGUUUCUGGAGCGCAUGAGCAUCGCCUUCCAGGUGGCCAAGGGGCUCGGCUACCUUCACGACGCCGCCAGGCCCCCCAUUAUCCAUCGGGACGUCAAGAGCAGCAACAUUCUGCUCGGCGAGGGAUCUGGAGAGAAGCUUCACGUCGUCGUAGCGGAUUUCGGAUUAGCGGCCAUCGGCGAGAGGGUAUUAGACACAGGACAUGACCACGUCGUGCUGACCUCUCAGAUCGGCGGCACUUUCGGGUAUAUGUCGCCCGAGUACAUGCUGAGAGGAGAGCUGUCCGAAAAGAACGAUGUGUACUCGUAUGGGGUACUCGUUCUGGAGCUSUUGACGGGCAGGAAGGUGGUGGGCCCGGCUCCGUCCGGGUUGGGAUGGCAGACGCUCGUCGAGUGGGUGAAGCCUUUCCUUCGAGGGGGAGUCGUCCAGAGCGGGAGUACGGAGAUGCCGUACCCGAUACUCGAUCGGUGCUUGUGGGAUCAGGUGGCUGGAGAUUCGAUCAAGAAGAUGGUGAUGAACACAUUCGGACUGGCUUGGGAAUGCGUCCAAGAGGAGUAUGGGUCGAGACCAGCCAUGAGAGAAAUCAUUCAGCGCAUGCACAGCAUGUUCCUGGAAGUGGGUUGGGAUGGCCUGACGGUGAUGAUGGUGGACCUAGAAAACGUUGUGGAUGAUGGUGCAGAACCSYCACACGACGUCUCAGGGGAAGAUGAGUGCAUGUUUAGAGCGGCUUCAAGUAGUCGAGAGGGUCGGCCGGCGGAAAGACGUGAUUCCUCCCGCGGAGGGCGAUCACUUCGUUUCUGCCAACGAAGCAAGUUCGACAUCUGCGAUGGGUUCCAUCACAUAUUGUUGAAGGAAGAAAACCGUCCAAAAAAGGCAUUCGUACUGUUCGAAGGAACGUGGAAAUGGAUUCGAUGUCCUAUGGACAUUUGCAAUGCUCCGGCUACGUUUCGAAGAGCGAUGAACAUGACUUUCCAGUAUUUCGUUAACAAGACUCAGCUGAUACAGGGAAUGGUGAACUUUUGCGUUAUCGUGUAUAUGGACGACAUCCUGAUGUAUUCGGAAUCAUUUCACGGGCAUGCGCAGCAUAUCGAAUGGACACUUGGAGCGCUGCAAGAUGCGGGCUUCAAAAUCGCCCUGGAGAAGAGCGAGUUUUUCCUGUCGGAAAUCUUGUUCUUUGGGUACAUGGUGACACGAGGGAGCUUGCGGCCGGAUUCGAGAAAAGUCGCAGAAGUUCGAGACAUUCCAACACUCACGUCGCUGACACAAGUUCAAGCUUUCUUGGGACUGACCUUGUACUAUCGUCGAUUUAUCAAUGGUUUUGCGGCAAUCGCACGGCCCCUGACGAACCUCUUGCGAAAGGACCAAUCAUUUAGGUGGGACGGUGAGUGCGAGCAGGCCUUUGCCACAUUGAAGGAAGCCUUGGCCACGACCCCUAUUUUGAUCUGGCUCGACCCCGAGAAGCAAUUUGUUCUCAUCACGGACUGGCAGCCGGAGGCAAUCUCCGCUAUUUUGGAGCAAAAGGGGAAAGACGACCGUGAGCAUGUUAUUGAGUACGCGUCCAGGACAGUACCUGACGAAAGGAGAAACGAUUCGGCACCUCAAGGAGAAUGUUACGCGGUGGUGUGGGGGAUUCAACACUUCCAUUCGUAUAUGUACGGACAAAAGUACCUCCUCAUUACGGAUCACAAACCCUUGUUGGCUCUCAAGAGACUCACUAAUUACACAGGCAUGAUUGGACGUUGGGCAGUGCGGCUACAGGAGUACGAUUUCGACAUCGUCCAUCAGAAGACGGAAAGACUGAAGUGGACCAGGGACAGUGAGCACCCCGCCGUGAACGAAGACGUAGAGUUACUUAUCAUUCAAGCUUGGAGAACAGGGGUUGAAGGAGAUUUGUUGGGAUUCAUCUUCGGAUCUGUGGAAGCGGGACAUCGACAAUCGAUCGUGAGGGGGCGUCUAAUCCUCCUGACGCAGUUGCUGGACGAUCUACCAAUCGACAUCGUCUCGCACUGCGACGAGAGUCCGUCGCCGCAUAUUCUUUCGUGCAGCCUGACGUUGUAUCUUCAGUGGUCGGUGUGCUUGGAGGGAAAUUGGGACAACCGUAGUUACCCGUCACACAGUAACUACCUAAACCCCGUAGAGAUAAUCGAUCUUCUCUUCUUGGAUCGAGUGCAGUUGAACAGGUCUGCCAGAGACUGUGUAUUAGAAGCGGAACCAAGCAAACCCUUUGCAAUUGGACGUCUCAUCACUGUUCUGGUAACAGCUGUGGUGGUUGGCACAGUGGUCACCAUGGUAAUCGUUGGCAGCUUGAUGUGCCUACGGCGGAGAGCGGGCCGCCGACCAGCUGGUCCGGAACGUCCCCUGGAAGUCGGCGAACAAGCGACGUCAUCUUUAAUGGAAGAUGAAGCGUUGGACGCGUGGGGAAUUAAGCCGUCGCGGGUCAAGCAGUUCGCUUUCAGAUUCCUGUCGGAAUGUACGGACAAAUUCAGCGAGGGUAGGAGAAUUGGGGAGAAGGGAGCGUUUGGGAAGGUUUACAGAGGAUCGCUCGACGGCGAGGAGGUCGCGAUGAAGGUGAUGACGGGUGAGCUAACGGACACCAAACGGAGCCAGUUUGUGGCCGAAGUGAACCUCAGCGGGCUCAAUCAUGAAAACCUCGUACGACUAGCCAAAUUGUCGAGAAUCCAUCGGGACGUGACGAGCAGCAACAUUCUGCUCGGCGAGGGAUCUGGAGAGAAGCUUCACGUCGUCGUUGCGGAUUUCGGCUUAGCAGCCAUCGGGGAGAGAGUAUUGAACACCGGACAUGACCACAUUGUGACAACCUCUCACAUCGGCGGCACUUUCGGGUAUAUGUCGCCCGAGUACAAGCUGAGAGGAGAGCUGUCUGAAAAGAACGAUGUGUACUCGUAUGGGGUACUCGUUCUGGAGCUGUUGACAGGGAGGAAGGUGGCCUCGCCGGCUCCUUCUGGGUUGGGAUGGCAGACGCUCGUCGGGUGGGUGAAGCCUUUCCUUCGAGGGGCAGUCGUCCCGAGCGAGAGUAUGGAGAUGCCAUACCCGAUACUCGAUCGGUGCUUCUGGGAUCAGGUGGCUGAGGAGUCCAUGAAGAAGAUGGUGAUGAACACAUUCCAACUGGCUUGGCAAUGCCAUGAAGACGACGCUCUUAUAGCGGAUGCGUCGAGUGUGCACAAGGUGAAGAAGCAUGGGGAAAGACGAGAGUGGAUCGCCCGUCGGAUAAGGGAUGAAGGGUGGGAUCGAUCUGCGAAAGACUGUCGGAAGAAGUGGUUCGCGUUGGGGCAGAAGUUGAAGUUGCUCGCAGACAACGUCGGUCGGUCUAGGAAGCUGGGAUACUUCGACAUGACAAUAGAAGAGAGGGAGGCGGAGGGGCUGUACGCCAACUUUGAUCGGAGGUUGUGGGCGGAGAUGGACUGGAUUCUGCAAAAGCCGUCGGGGACCUGUGACAAUACGCUGAACUCGGACUCUCUCAAUGCCAAGGACGGGGACAUUUCGGCGAGAGGGUCGAGUGAUAGUGGUGGUUCGGACCGGGAGCGGUCUGUGGCAACGCCAGCGCCGGUAAGACGAGGUGCACGUCCACUGGGAGGGUGGACGACGGGGAUGGGUCUGCGUCCAUGUCGGGGAUGAGUGUGGCACUUGCAGAAUCGACACGGGUGUACGUGGACGGGGUGCAGAGGGCUGCAGCAACGAUAGC